AGUCGAAAAUUGCCAAACAAACUAUGGCUACAGAGGAAAUUACUGGGAAUAUUGAAAUGGCGGCCGCUAUAACCCCAUCUUCUCACGUCCAACAAGCUAAAGAAUGGCUUUGGCAGCGAAAAGCUCAGAUGAAACCAUGGACAGAUUUUUUUAAGAGUUCGCGCUUUAGCAGGCCAAAGACAGUCGCCGAAGCUGGAAGAAGAGUCGUGAAGAACUUGGAGGACUACCAGAGCAACUACAUCGUUAUAACGCUUCUUUUGAUUUUUUACUGUGUCCUGUCAUCACCAUUGCUGCUCAUAGCAUUAUCAGUCGCUGGAGGUGGCUGUUUCUACAUAUCUUACAAAAACCAAGGACAGAAGAUAAGAGUGUUGGGUCGUGACCUAACUAGAGCAGAACAGUAUGGACUUGUGUUGUUGAUCAGUCUUCCCCUCUUCAUUCUGGCUUCAGCAGGAUCAACAGUGUUUUGGAUUAUAGGUGCAUCAAUCUUUACUGUUGGACUUCAUGCAUCUAUGUUGAGCACUUCAGACACACCUGAAAUAACAGAGCAGAUUACAAUGGAAGAAGUUUAAGUAAAGGAAAUGGAAGAAUGAUGAUAAAAAGUGCAACAAGAAAAUAAAAACAUAAUAAUUUAAAUUAUUGUGCUCCACACAAUCAUCAGUGUUAACAAAUUGAAAUAGUGGUUUGGAGUUCUUGGGGUAGAAAUGCAUCUGGUAAAAAUGGUCAUUGGAUCAACUCUACCAUUUGUAAGAGCUCAUUAGUCAUUCUCCUUACUGUCCACUAGACAAUUCUUACGAUGUUAGUUAGGAAAAUUUGGUAUUGGAGGAACUCAUAGGUAAUCUUGUAGUUGAUAUUUUCUUUUCUCUCAUCACCUGUCUGCCUGAGAUUGUACUGACAUUGUAAGGAGAAAAUCUGUCUUGAUCACUCAUAGGAGUUGAAGGGUUGACUAAUCACAUUUCCUGUAGUGAACUUCUUAACUAUGGGCAAUUUUUUCUCUUAUAAAUCAAUUGUAACUAUUGUUGAGUGUUAGCUAACAAGACCAAAAACCAGUGGUGGAGAUGUCAUAGUAAGAGCUUAUUUUAUUUUAGUGCUUUAAGUCCCUAGCUAUUUAAUAUCUUCUACUGAAUUUUGAGCACACUUAUCCUUUGUUUAAUUUUGUUUUUGAUAAGUGGGAUGUACUAAAUAUGAUGUCUAAUUAUUACACGUAGUAAUUAGUUAAAAACAAAAGUAAUAAAAGUUGAAUCUGCUCGAGAGUUACAUUCAACCUUGCUAUACCAUUAUAUUUAUGUAAUGUGGUUCUUUUUUUUUUGGUUGUAAAAUUUUUCAAACCAGGUUGUUGUUGACGUUUUAAGAGUAUCAUGGUGAAUGUAAGGAGAUGUGGUGGGCUAGUGGUUAUGGUGCUUGUCUUGCAAUUACAAGAUCUUUGUUUGAA